AUGUUUUUUCAACUGAGAGUCCAUCACUCUCUCUACAACUACAACCGUGGAAUCUCCUUCCUCUCCUCUUCCUACUUGAGAAGCCUCGCUACGACGUCGCUUUUAUUAAACUCCAACCAAACCGUUACAGAGCCAUUAGCCAAGUCAGACCUCGAAUCAAUAGUUCUCAAACAAUACUCCCACGGAAAAUUCCACAAUCUCAUCCAAAACGCCGUCGCUUUACCCUCCGUCCUUCUCACCGCAUGUCAAAACCUCUCUCUCGCCGCCGCCAACUCGAGCGCUUCCUCCACCACCGAGUUAGCCGAUCGCGUCUCGAGGAGAUUCUCGAUCGAAGAAAUGGGACGGGAGAUACGCGAAGGCGAAUUCGAUAUCCGUUCCUGCUGCGUCGAAUUCGAAUCCGAGCCUCGUCUCGUUCUCCCUAAUCUGAGACUCAACGUGUUGAUCGAAGCGAUUAGGAUGAUUCUCGAGAUCGUCUACGACGAUCGAUUCGCGACGUUUUCGUACGGUGGACGCGUAGGUAUGGGUAGGCACACAGCGAUUCGUUAUCUGAAAAACUCUGUGGAGAAUCCACGGUGGUGGUUUCGUGUUUCGUUUGUUAGAGAGGUGUUUGGUGUUAGGAAUGUUGAUAAGCUUUGUAGGUUUGUUGAGGAGAAGAUUAACGAUGGUUUGUUGGUUGAGAUGAUGAAGAAGAUGUUUGAGUUUGGGGUUUUGAGGGUUGAGCUUGGUGGAUGUGAUAAAGGGAGAGGGUUUCCACAAGAGUGUGGAUUGUCUUCGGUUUUGAUUAAUGUUUAUUUUGAUGGAGUUGAUAAAGAGAUUCAAGAUAUGAGGUUGAAGAUGAAGAUGAAGAUGAAGAUGAAUGAUCCUCCUCGUGUUGGUGUUGAGGAUGAUAGUGUUUUUUAUAAGCCAAUAAAUAUUUAUGCAGUUAGGUAUUUGGAUGAGAUACUUGUGAUAACGUCGGGUUCGAAGAUGCUGACAAUGGAGUUGAAGAAGAAGGUUGUAGAUGUUUUGGAAGAGAGAUUGGACUUGAGAGUAGAUAGAGUGAACACAUCGAUUCAUAGUGCAGUUUCAGAGAAGAUUAGCUUUUUAGGGAUGUAUCUUCAAGCUGUUCCACCUUCGGUUUUGCGUCCUCCUAUGUCUGAGAAGGCGGUUAGAGCAAUGAAGAAGUACGAGAGGCAGAAGGAGGUUAGGAGAGUGGAGCUUAGAAACGCUAGGGAGAGGAAUCGAAAGACACUGGGUUUGAAAAUAUUUAGACAUGUGUUGAAGAAACUCAAGCAGAGCAACGGUUUCAGAUGUGAAUUUGAAAUAGAGAAUGAGGUCAGGGAUAUUUUCCGGAGUUGGGGAGAGGAAGUAAUGCAGGAGUUCAUGGGGUCUCUUGAUGAGCGCUGGAUAUGGCAUUGGCUGCUCACUAGAGGAGAUUUUCUCUCUUUGAGACAUAUACGGGAGAAGUUACCACAAGACCUGAUUGAUGCUUAUGAUGAAUUUCAGGAGCAGGUGGACAAACACUUGUCUCCGACCCAAGCUAAAAAGGAACUAGAAGAUGAGGAGAAGAGAGUAGAGGAAGAAGAGGAAAAGAGAUAUGCUGAAAGGACGGUUCAGGAUUUGACUAAGUUAUGCAUGAAGGUGUCAGCUCCUGAGGAACUUGUUAGAAAAGCUGUUAAAUUAGUUGGGUUCACAAACAACAUGGGACGGCCACGACCUAUCAGCCACCUUUUGGCUCUUGAGGAUUCUGAUAUCAUCAAAUGGUAUGCAGGUGUAGGGCGUAAAUGGCUUGACUUCUUCUGUUGUUGCCACAACUAUAAGAUGGUCAAAAUCAUUGUAAGUUAUCAUAUGAGGUUCUCCUGUAUUUUGACACUAGCAGAGAAGCAUAGAUCGACUAAACGAGAAGCUAUUAAACACUACACGAAAGAUCUCAAAGUGUCUGAUCCUCACGGGAACGAAGAGGUGUAUUUUCCUGGGGAAAGAGAGGUUAAGAUGAUGGGAGACAAAAACCUUUCAGACCCGAGACCUGUGGACGGGACACUGUCUUUGCUUUUGAUCAGGCUUGCAUCUGAUGAGCCCUUGCAUUCUUGUGCUGCUAGUUUCUGUGAACGAUCAGAUACAAUCAUGUACCGUAUACAUCUACUGCAAAACCGUUUGCAAAUCAACCCACUUGACGAAGAGAAAUGGGUUCGUGGCAUGGGCACAAUCCACUCAGCUUUGAACCGGAAAUGCCUCCCUUUGUGUUCUGCUCACAUCAGUGAUGUAUACCUGGGUAAAAUGACUCUUCAGGAUGUUGAUGGUAGUUCAUUCAUCGAUCUCAAGUGA